AUGGGAGUAAUAAGUAACAGCAGCAGCUUGGCACUUAAACUGGGCGAGCUAGCCUACCUGUCAAUCCUACGUCCACCCAGAGUCAAACACAACCACCACCACUACCAUUUCUUCUUUCUUUAUCUACCCACCCACCUACUUCCCUAUCUACCCUACCUGUUUAACUACCUGUAUUAUUUCCCUGUCGCCUUCCACUCUUUUUCUACCCCUCACUUAUCUACCGGCCAGCCUGUCCUACCAAGACUGCCCUGUUUUCGUCAUCGUUUACCACAGACACACUGUCUUUUCCUUACCGCACCGGGCCCACCACGUUUUGCUGUGACACAGGUCACUGAACCGACCCAGCUAAGAGAAGGACCGACAUUGUCAACCAUUUCUUACUCACAGGCAACCAGUCCGGGGGGGUCUGUCGAGUUAUUUUUUCUUUCUUUCUCUUCCUUUCUCUCUUUCUCUUCCUUUCUCUCUUUCUCUCUUUCUGUCUUUCUCUCUUUCUGUCUUUUCUUUUUCUCUUUUCUGUCUUUUCUUUCUUUUCCUUUCUGUCUUCCUCUUUUCUGUCUUUUCUCUCUUUUCUGUCUUUCUCUCUUUUCUUUUUCUGUCUUUUCCUUUCUCUCUUUCUCUUUUUCUGUCUUUCUCUCUUUCUGUUUUUCUCUCUUUUUCUGUCUUUCUCUCUUUGUCUUUCUCUCUUUUUCUGUCUUUCUCUCUUUUUCUGUCUUUCUCUCUUUUUCUGUCUUUCUCUCUUUGUCUUUCUCUCUCUUUCUCUCUUUCUCUCUCUUUCUCUCUUUCUCUCUCUUUUUCUGUCUUUCUUUUUAA